CUCGCAUUAAAAUAAACUCGUUUAACUUUUCGAUUCUUGUUUGCAUAAUUACGCGGUAUUGUCAGUCCGCAAUCAGUCCUCGGACAGUUAAAAAGUUUCCAGUAACGAUUCCUAUUUGUAACGCAAACGGAACACACAACUAUCGGUAAUUCUCCGUAGAAUAGUUUUUAAGCAGAUACAUUAAUCUGAAAAGUGGAUUUACCAAUCGAUUACGAACGAACAUUCAAGCAAUCAUGCGCGUAAAAAUCAGUGUUAGUACGCUGCACCUGAUGAAUUCAAAGUGGUUCACCGUGCAAGGAAGAUCCCUCGCGAUCGAUGCGAAGAGUUCUCUAAAAAUGCCCGUUUGCGAGUAUAUACCUUCCACUUAUACGGGCGCAAAGUACGAAAAUGUGAAAAAAGCACGCGAAUCAAUCGUUUCUCCCUCUUUGAAAUCAUUUUACAAGCAGCCGUUAAUGAUACACGAAGGGCGAGGACAGUGGUUGUGGGACCAUAAUGGAAAACGAUAUUUGGAUAUGUUUGCAGGUGUUGCUACCGUAUCUGUCGGACACUCUCAUCCUAAAAUAGUAGCCGCUAUAACCGAACAAGCAUCGAAGUUGAACCACGUAUCUUCCGUUUAUAUGCAACCACGUCUACACGAGUACGCUAUUAAAUUGCUCAGCAAAUUUUCGGGGAAGCUGAAGGUGGUUUAUUUUACGAACAGCGGCUCGGAGGCGAACGAACUAGCGUUCUUGAUGGCUAGACUUCACACUCGCGGCCACAACAUUAUUUCUUUAAAAAACAGUUAUCACGGAGCAACGUCUGGGACUGCAGCCUCCACCGCGAUAAGUACCUGGCGGUAUCCUUUCCUCGUACAACCAUCUGGAUACGUGCACGUGAGUGAAAGAUAUUUCCAGAGUAUACUGGAAUACUCUGUAUUAUACCGAAGCAUCCUGUAUAAUGCUUGCCAAUUUCAGACAGUGUAUCCAGACGUGUACAAGGGCGAGUGGGGUGGUUCCAAAUGUAGAGACUCGCCCGUGCAAACGAUUGGAAGAAGCUGCGACUGCACCGAGGAACGAUGCAUGGCGUCAGAAAAAUAUUUUCACGAAUUCGAGGAAACGUUCAGCUUCGGUCUACCUUGUACGCAAGGUGUAGCGGCAUUCGUAGCGGAGAGCAUUCAGGGGAUAGGUGGAGCGGUGCAGUACCCCAAAUAUCUUCUUAAGAAGAUGUACGACUACGUCCACGAUAAGGGAGGUGUCUGCAUAGCGGACGAAGUUCAGACUGGUUUUGGCAGAACCGGCGAACACUUUUGGGGUUUUGAAAAUCACGGCGUCACGCCUGAUAUUGUAACCAUGGCGAAGGGCAUCGGUAAUGGAUUUCCUCUUGGCGCAGUCGUUACAACCACAGAAAUCGCCAAGUGCCUAAACGAUGCGUUGCACUUCAAUACGUUCGGAGGAAAUCCACUCGCGUGCGCUGUGGGGAUAACUGUAUUAGAAAUUAUAGAAGAAGAGGGUCUUCAAGAGAAUGCACGAGUCGUCGGUACUUAUUUGAUCAGUCGUUUGAAUACUUUGCUAUCAGAAUUUCCUGACAUCGUCGGUGACGUCAGAGGGAAAGGGCUGAUGAUCGGAGUUGAAUUAAUUUCAAAUCCAGAAACGAAACAGCCAUUAGAAAAUGAACGAAUGCUCGAGAUCUUCGAGGAUAUGAAAGAAAUGGGCGUUCUUCUCGGCAAGGGAGGAUUACAUGCAAACGUAUUGAGAAUAAAACCACCUUUGUGUAUUACGAAAGAAGACGCAGAUUUUACCGUUGCAGUUAUUAAAAAGGCCUUGAAGAAACAUCGAAAAGAUUACUAUUCGUGCAUUUGAGGAUUUUUAACGCGAUA